AUGUUUGUAUCUGCAAAACUGCCUCCAACACUGUAUCCUGUGUCGGUGCAGCCGCUGGGAACCUACGUAUCGCUAUCCAUGAGCACCGGCUCGCAGUCCAGCUCUCCUUUGCCUCUCCUAACAGCGAGUGCAGGUGGUGGUGGGAGUGGAGGAGAGAGUUCUUCGUCAUAUAACAAGAAGGCCACCCCCCUCGAUAGCCAGACCAGCGCCAUUGAAACAGUGCCAAGAAAGUCCAUGGAUACAUUUGGACAGAGGGGAUCCAUAUAUCGUGACAUAGAUGGACGGGUAGAUAUGGGGCUCAUCUAUGGGACAACAGUUGCAGAAGAGGACAAACUUGAAAGGGAAGGUGGUUGUGACAAAGAAGAAAAGGCAGCUAGGGCUUAUGAUUUAGCAGCACUGAAGUAUUGGGGUACCACUACCACAACAAAUUUCCCUAUUAGCAACCAUGAAAAAGAGAUAGAAGAGAUGAAGCACAUGACCAGGCAGGAGUACACUGCAUCCCUCCGAAGGAAGAGUAGCGGGUUUUCUCGUGGAGUAUCCAUAUAUAGAGGACUGACCAGACACCACCAGCAUGGCAGAUGGCAGGCAAGGAUUGGAAGAGUUGCAGGCACCCAGGAGGAAGCAGCAGAGGUCUAUGACAUUGCUGCCAUUAAGUUCCAACAUUUGAAUGCGGUGACUAACUUUGACAUGAGUAGAUAUGAUGUUAAUAGCAUCCUAGAGAGCAGUACAUUGCCAAUUUGAGCUGUGAAGUUGUUGAAAGAUGCUGAGCAGGCUGAAAUGACUACAGAUGGACAGAGGUCAGACGAUGAAAUGAGCUCACAGCUGACUGAUGGAAUCAACAACUAUGGAGCGCAUCACCAUGGCGGGCCUACUGUUGCAUUCCAACAAGCUCAGCCAUUUAGCAUGCACUACCCUUAUGGCCAUCAGCAGAGGGCUGUUUGGUGUAAGCAAGAACAAGACCCUGAUGCCACACACAGCUUUCAAGAUCUUCACCAACUACAAUUGGGAAACACUCACAACUUCUUCCAGCCUAAUGUUCUGCACAACCUCAUGAGCAUGGACUCUUCUUCAAUGAAACAUAGCUCAGGUUCCAAUUCAGUUAUCUACAGUGGUGGUGGAGCCGCUGAUGGCAGCGCUGCAACUGGCGGCGGCAGUGGGAGCUUCCAAGGGGUUGGCUAUGGGAGCAACAUUGGCUUUGUGAUGCCAAUAAGCACAGUCAUUGCUCAUGAAAGCAGCCAUGGCCAGGGAAAUGGCAGCUUUGGAGAUAGCAAAGUGAAGGCAAUUGGUUAUGACAACAUAUUUGGAUCAACAGAUCCUUACCAUGCUAGGAGCUUGUACUAUCUCUCACAGCAAUCAUCUGCAGGCAUGGUUAAGGGCAGUAGUGCAUAUGAUCAAGGGUCAGGGUGUACCAACUGGGUUCCAGCCCUAGCUCCACUAACAACAUGGCAGUAUGCCAUGGAGCACCUGCAUUCACAGUAUGGAAUGAUACAGAAAGCUUGGAAGAAUGGAAGAAGAGAUUAG